AUGACGUAUCGGGAGUACCGGGCGUCUUGGGAGUCGCGCUGUUCCUCUGGGGAGGCGGUCAAGCUGGCAGAAGUAACAAAAAGGAAACAAUUUGACUCAGAUCUGCCUUUUCUUUCUGUUUUUUUCCUUCCCUCCUUCUCCCCACUGCCUUUAGACCACCCAGAGAUACAAGAAAAAAUUUACCGACGGGACGAUAGGCUCCUCACCUUCUUAAAAGAUGUUUAUGUCGAGUCCAGAGAUCCACCUGUGCGGGUGAAAGAUGGAGGUGGUGAACAUCUUCCAUGUAAACAGGAGGAAAAGAGACUUACAAAACUAGGCCACUUGGGAGAUCUAGAUGUUAAGAAAGUUCCCAAAGGCAAAAUUUCCAUUGUGGAGGCUCUGACACUUCUUAAUAAUCAUAAACUUCAUCCUCAAAUAUGGACUGCAGAGAAAAUAGCAGUGGAAUACAGUCUGGAACUGAAGGAGGUCAACUCUCUUCUGGAAUUCUUCAUUCCUUUCGCUGUGCAGGAAUUUCCUAAAGAAACCAAAAAAGCUAUAAAGCCAACAUAAAAAUAAUUACCAAAACCUUGUGUGAUCUCACUUGUGUCUUAAUUUUACUCUUGAGUAUACCCAGUGUCUGAAAAGAGUCGGUAACACGUCAUCCAACAAGGCUGCUUCCUUAUACCAGUAAGAUGUAUUCAAGCAAUUCCAUUCUAUAUUGGAUCGCUUCAGUUAAAUGCAGCAAUUAUAGGAUACAGUUUGUAAACCAGAAUAUAGCUAAUAAGUUGUGUGAGAGCAUGUCACAUGAUUCUGAUUAUCCCAUUCAUAUGUUAUGAGUUCAGUUAGAACACCCAAGUUCUAGUGAGAACUUUACCUUAACAGGUUGCCUUUCUUAGCAGAGACUUCCUGGCUUUCAGCUAAAUCAGUGCUCUGUGUGUAUUAGCGCCGCAGUUUCAUGUUACAGGGUUCUUUCGAGGACUUGCUGUCAAGGUGUGUGUAUAUACAAACAGCUGUAUUUCUUUUGUAUAAGAAUGGAAUAGUAUUUAUACUUUGUAAAGAAGGCUAACCACAAGGUCAUUUGGGAAAUUCAGCUGUGCCAAACUUAAAAUAAAAAGAAGGCGAAUAGCAAGAAGGCCUCUUUCUGAUGCCGGAACAGUGACGGCUGAUGUGUAGCUCCUCUUCCACUCUAUUCUGAUUUAGCUUAAAUAUCUGCACCUCCCCCGGUACUGUCUGUCAGUCAGUGAAUUUGUAAAGAGCAAUGAUCUUCUAGCAUCAGUCUCUUGCAGCAGUCUGUGGCGCCUACUGUAUGAGAAAUAAUGGCUCAUAUUUUAAUUAAUAGGUAGCUAUGAAAUGCAACUGGAUCUAAUUGGACCCACUAGUAGGUUUUCUGUAAAUGUCUGCCUGUCCUGUUACAAUAGCCCUUUUUCCCUGUGGAGGCCUUGUCUGACUUGCCCAAAUGCGGGCUAGAUCAGGUCAUGUUCACUCGCGGUAGGUUACCCACGUGCUACCAGAUAGAAGAUAAACAGCAUCUUUUCCAGUUGUUAGUAAAGGAUGACACAAACUGUGAGGUGGUAACGGUGGAUUGUAACCUUCUUGAUACUGUGACUAUUCAGAUCUGUGUAUGUAAGGAAGAAGUUUUGCACUGACGAUUAAUACUGUAGUGAAAACAGGUUCAUGUUUUCCAGAUAAG